CCCAACCCGCACACUUCACAAGACGCAGAGAUGAACGUUAUGCUGGUGCUUCUGCUCGUCGCCGCAGUUGUGGCUGUCACCUCUGCCAGCUACCGUGGGUACUCUGGCGGCUACGGUGGCUACUCUGGUGGAUACGGCGGCUACGGUCGCCGAUACGGUGGAUACGGCGGCGGAUACGGUGGCUACGGCGGUGGAUACGGUGGCGGCUAUGGUGGUUACAACCGCGGCUACGGUGGUUACAACGGCGGCUACCACGGUUACAAUCGUGGCUACGGCCACUAAAGAUGUUUUCUGGGUGGCUACGUCAGAUGGUACUAGUCACGCAGCAAGGCAUGCGGAUAUGCACCGACCAGAUACCGAUUCACCUACUACUCAAGCAGCAAGUGACACAGUGAGCACCGCACCAGUCACGUUCGAUCCCCUGUCUGAAUGAAGGUCUUUGCGUGGUGUGUUCCUUGAUUUGUCAGUUGAUGGUCGAAGAACAUAAAUUAUACUCCUAUAUCAUUGUACAACCGCACUCGAUUUGUGCAUUGUAAGGCAGUUAGAAAGAAGUGAAGGUUUCAUUGGAUUCGGCUGAAUGUGUUUGCGCACAAAUGGCUGUACGGCGAAGAUUGAGCCCGAUAUAUUGGCUUAAAACCC